GCAAAGCAAGCUUAUGUUCCUGUUCUUACAGAUACGCCAAAUCCUUGAAUUUUAAAAGAGAGAGGACUUAAGAAAUCGUGGAGUUGAUACUGUUUAUUAUCUCAAUCUUGACUAACGAUUUGCAGGUUCCUUUCCGAGAUACGAAACUCUCUGAUUGAUUCCUUUGCUGUAACUCUACGCAUUUGCCCGGGUUCCGAGAUUUGAUUUUGGCGUAUGGUGCUGUGUUAUGGCGGCGGAGUUGCCGAAUCCCCGGGAUAUACCCCCACGCCUUUUAGGGUUUCUGGACGACCUUUUCACCGCCGAUCAACGGGAUGAUCACCCAUCUUCGUCUUCAUAUGAUACUGCUCGCGGUCUGGCGGCGCAGUUAAGCAGAGAGAGUACUGGAUUGGACGGUGAUCUUCUGCUUCUCCGCCAGAACCUCUCCAGCCUCCUGGUUGCUUGGAUUUCUCGUUCGUUUUCUGCCAAAGCCGCUCUCCAAAACCUCCAUCUCAACUUGCAAAAAACGAAACCAACAGCAACGACGACGCCCCCGUAUGGGAUUGGCUCCACUACAUUCCAGAAGAUGUUAUGCGAGGACUUACCUCGGCUUGCAGCGGAAUUGAAGCGAAUUGAAAAGAUUCGGCUUUAUGCAGACAUUACUCUACAGUUAGAAGCAAUGGUUGGAGAUCUAGAGGAUGCAGUUUUGUCUGUUGUGAACCAACGGGCUAGAAAUGCACUCAUGGAUCAUGAAUCAAGGCAAGAAAUGUUCUUUCAAGCUGUAAGAUUCAUGAAUGAUAUUGAAGAAAUCCUAGCCAGUCCUGUGAAAUUCCAACCUCACUGGUAUCAUCUUUUGAAGUCUGUGGAUUCUAGGGUGGAUAACAUAUUGACUUUGCUGCGGCCACUAGUUCUUGCAGAUCACCGAGCUGUUCUUUCAUCUCUUGGAUGGCCACCAAAAGUUUGGACAGCAGAAACACAAAAUAGGAAGACCUCAAUCCUUCCAAAUCCACUAGUUUUAAUGCAAGUAGACAGACAGAAGGCAUAUUCUAAGAGUUUCCUAGCUCUUUGUGCUUUGCAACAUGUGCAGAAACAUAGAGAAGAGCGGCAACUUGGCCUUGUGGGACAGAAGGAAAAAUUGACCAUUGGGCUUUGGGCCAUUGAUGAACUGGUAUCUCCUAUUGCAUCAAGGAUGGAAUAUCACAUCUUGAAAUGGACCGAUCAACCUGAAUUUAUGUUUGCACUUGUUUACAAGAUCACCAGGGAUUUCAUAGUUGGAGUGGAUGAUGUUUUGCAGCCUCUCAUUGAUAAAACAAGACUGGUGAGCUUUAGUGCUAAAGAAUCUUGGGUAUCUGCAAUGGUCCAAUCUAUUUCUGCUUUCUUAACAAAGCGAGUUUUCUCUGUUCUUUCUGAAAGAUACAGAGAGAAAGAAACUAGAUUGGAGGUUAUUACAUCAUGGCUUCAUUUAGUUGACCUUAUGGUUAGUUUUGAUAAGAAGAUGUUGUCACUUCUAAGUUCAGAACAUUAUCUCUUCAUGGGGGAUGCUGAAAGGCUUGAAGGAUCUUCAAGGUAUUUAUCCGUGUUCUCAGUAUUUUCAGAUAGGCCUGAUUGGCUCAAAAUUUGGGGAAAAAUAGAGAUAAAGGAGGGUACUGUAAAACUAAAGGCAGAACUAAAACAUGAAAGAGCCUGGUUGUUCGAGAUUAAAGAGGAAGCUUCAUCUGCUAUUGACAGAACAAAUAAGCAAUUUCUUCUCUAUACUAGGGAAGACCACAAAGCCCCUUUGAUUGUGGAAUCUGCUCUCAAACUUGCUUGGGAAAUGAUUGAUCGUGGCAAAAAUUUACCAGACAUUCUAUCAAGGAUCCAAUUUAUCAGGUCAACAGCAACAAAACUUCUCUGGUAUUUUUUCAAUUCACUACUUUUGCAGUACAAAAGGACCGAGUGCCUUGCUCAUGAUUGUAGCAAUGAUUCCUUGCUGACAAGAUAUGGGGUUAUCAAUGCUGCUAGAUACUGCGAAUAUAAGCUCCAGGAAUGGAGUGAUGAUGUUAACUUUUUGGAGAUGAAAAUUGCUGAAAGUGAAUAUAAUGCCUGUGUAAAAGGUGAUGGAGAUGAUAAUCGUCGCUUCUUUGGAGAAGAAAUCAAGUGCUUAGCCGAUCUCCAGGUAAAUUGCCUAAUGGAAAUAAUUGCCGGUAUUCUUUAUCAAUUUGAAACUCUUACCCAGGAGUACAUCCAAAAUAAAGAACAAUUCAAACAAGAGAAAGAAGAUGCUAGUGGAUUUGGAGCUUCAAUGUGCAUGAAUUUUCCUGUAUCUGAUGACUUCCUUGAAGCACUGGAUAGUCUGAGGAGUCAGCUCUGCAUAAUCCAUGCAAACCUUAAUCCAUUGGACUUCUCGGAUCUGUGGAGAAGCGUUGUCGAUGGGCUCGAUCGAUUUGUUUUUAGCAGCAUGUUCAUGAAUGGCUAUAGAUUGUCUCAAAGGGGGAUUGAUCAGUUAAGAGCUGAUAUGCAGGCAUUGUUUCUUGUUUUUAAGCCAUUUUGUGCCAGGCCUGAAGCCUUCUUUCCCCGUGUUAGAAAUGCUCUUAAGCUGCUAGAUAUGAAUAGGAAAGAUUUAAGGCAAUUGCAAGUAGUUGUUUCAUCUAAUGUUUUAGAUAGGACAGAUUGCGUGCGCUCUUUUGGCAUUAUGCACUUAUCUUUUGAUCAAGCCGAGAAGAUUUUGAGUUCUAGAGAUUUGGGCUUACAUCUAUAAUGUGAUUAUAAAUGGAAACCGGUUCGUUCUGUUUUCCAAUUCA